ACGGGGGCGGCUGGGCCAGCAGAGCCGCCCCUGCUCUCACCAUGACCUUCAGUGGCCUCUUCCCCUUCGUGCUUCUUGCCCUGGGAACCCUGGCACCUUGGGCUGUGGAGGGUGCUGCAAAUGCUUUGAAAGCUGGAGCCUGCCCUCCUAGAAUACAUGCCCAGUGCCUUAGAUAUGAGAAACCCGAGUGCAAGAGUGACUGGCAGUGUCUAGAGAAGAAGAAAUGUUGCCCUGAUACUUGCGGAAUCAAAUGCCUGGAUCCUGUCAACACCUCGAACCCAGUUGAGGAGAAGCCUGGGAAGUGUCCAGUGGUCUACAGCCAAUGUCUGAUGCUUAACCCCCGCAGUCACUGUGAGACAGACGGCCAGUGCAUGGGUAAAUUAAAGUGCUGCAAGAGCAUGUGUGGGAAAGUCUGCAUUUCCCCUGUGAAAGCCUGAUUCCUGCCACUUGGAAGUGGCUCUGGAUUCCUACUCUGUGUGGUCUGGGAAUUCCCUUCUACUCCCACGCUUGGAUCACUGGGGCACUCCGUGGUGAAGCCUUGGUCCUAUCACCAAUAUCUUCUUUGCAGAAAGGCUUGGCACCCAGUAGGCUGCCAGCAAAUGCCUGUUGAUUGGUCAAUAAAUAAACGAGCAUAUUUCUCUCUGUA